AUGUCCGCAGAGGUGGAGGAGGACCAUCGCCCCUCGCCCUCUUCGAUAGCCUCCUUCUCAUCUUUUGAGGGCGAGAAAUCCAUCCGUGCGUUCUCUCUUCCUUCUUUUGACGACUCCGAAUCGUUGUCUUCCCGCCAUACAGAGGAUCCUCCCGACUUCUUCGAUCCCAACUAUGCCAAUGAUAUCACCUGGCUCGAAGACGACUCUCCCUAUCCAGAGGUCCGUUCCGCCGUCGCAAACUACGAUGACCAGUCCAUGCCAAUCAACACCCUGCGUGCUUGGGUGCUCGGCAUUCUCUGGGCCAUCAUCAUCCCUGGCGUCAAUGAGUUCUACUAUUUCCGCUAUCCGUCUAUUAUGGUCACCGGGAUUGUUGCGCAGCUCAUCAGCUUCCCACUCGGAAGAGCCUGGGCGCGAUGGAUCCCGCAGUGGAAAGUGUUCGGAAUGGCCCUGAACCCCGGCAUGUUCACCAUCAAAGAACACGUGCUGAUCACCAUCAUGGCCGGAGUCGGCGCUCAGUCCGCGUACGCGACGGAGAUCAUCGCUGUCCAACGGGUCUGGUACAAGCAGAAUUUCAACUUCGGAUAUCAAUGGAUGCUCGUAAUGUCGACACAGCUCAUUGGCUUCUCGGUCGGAGGUCUGGCGCGUAGAUUGCUCGUUGCACCUGCGUCUAUGAUAUGGCCGAACACUUUGGUGCUCUGCGCGUUGUUCAACACUUUGCAUUCCCAGAGCUAUGCAGGGAUAGGUCGUCAUGAUGGACUCAGUCGGGAACGAUUCUUUGCAUACGCUUUCGUCUCCGCUGCCGUCUGGUAUAUUGUCCCGGGAUAUCUAUUCCAGGCAUUGAGCUAUCACAGCGGCAUGGGCUUCUCGCUUUUGUCCUUCGACUGGAAUCAAAUCGCAUUCAUCGGCAGUCCGCUCGCGACACCUUGGUGGGCGGAAGCGAACGUGAUCGUUGGCUUUCUGGUGUUCUAUUGGUUCCUUGCACCGCUUGUCUACUUCACGAACGUCUGGUGCUCUCAGUACAUGCCUAUCUCCGCUCUAGGACCAUACGACAACACGGGCAAGCGCCGGCCAUACAACCUGACUCGCAUACUCAACGCGGAUUCAACAUUCGACCUCCAAGCCUACAAGGACUACAGCCCCCUGUUCCUUUCCGCGACAUUCGCGAUAUCAUACGGGCUCGCCUUUGCGUCAAUCACCGCUACCAUCGUGCACGCCAUCCUGUACUUCCGCAAGCCCAUCGCGGUCCACUUGCACCGUUCGCUCGCCGAGCAGCCGGAUAUUCAUGCACGCCUCAUGUCCAAGUAUCCCCCUGUCCCACAAUGGUAUGCCGGGAUCUUGGUGGUGACAUUCACGUUCUCGUGCCUCUGCAUCAAGUUGUACCCAACGCAAAUGACCAUUUGGGCCCUGUUUGUGGCACUGUGCAUCGCGCUUGUAUACUUGAUUCCAGUUGGCAUGAUCCAGGCCAUUACCAAUCGACAAGUUGGACUGAAUGUCAUCACCGAACUUGUCGUGGGAUACAUGCUUCCUGGCCGCCCGGUGGCGAUGAUGAUGUUCAAGACUUGGGGAUACAUCACAAUGUCGCAAGCGAUGAUUUUCACGUCUGAUUUCAAGCUUGGGCAUUACAUGAAGAUACCACCGAGGCCGAUGUUCUGGUGCCAGGUUGUGGCCACUGUGGUUGCUGGCACCGUGCAGUUAGGUGUCGAGAACUGGAUGUUCUCCAAUAUUCCCUUGAUUUGCACGCCAGCGCAAAAGGACAUGUCUGGAUUCACCUGUCCAAACACAGAGGUGUUUGCGACGGCGUCGGUAGUCUUUGGUGUUAUCGGUCCUACAUUACAGUUCUCGAAAGGCCAAUUGUACUACCCGCUACUAUUCUUCUUCAUCAUCGGCGCCGUCUGCCCGCUGGCUGUUUGGUUGUUGACGAAACGAUAUCCCAACUCAUGGCUCAAUUACGUCAAUCUCAUGUUCACUGGGGUCGGACUCAUACCUCCUGCGAGCGCUGUGAAUUAUGUUCCUUGGGCUAUGAUCGGCUUCCUUUCGCAAUAUGUCAUCCGCAGGAGAUAUUUUCCGUUCUGGGCAAAAUAUAAUUAUGUACUUUCCGCGGCGCUAGAUGCAGGAACUGCGAUAUCAACCCUCCUCGUGUACUUUAUCCUUCAAUAUCCGAGGAACGGUGCGAUUGGCCGUGACACCAUUCAGCAGUGGUGGGGUAACACUGUUUUCAAGAACACUGCGGACUGGCAUUCCGCGCCGUUACGGGUCGUGCCGCCUGGGGAUCGCUUUGGGUACGUGUGGCAUUGCCUAUUCUUUGGUGAAAUCUGCUCAGCAGCUCCGCACUCUGUAUAG